AUGCUCGGGGACAUAGAGGGCUCAAAAGUAGAAAAUUCUGUUGCCAGUCCUUCAAGUCUCAUGCCAAAAGAGAGUAAAUGCAAUUACAGAGAGCUUUUGAGUCUCUGUGUGAGAGAGAUGCUUGAGACAGAGGAGUUCUUGCCAAUGCUGUCACAAGUGUGUGUUUGCCCAGCUCUAUCAAUAACACGCUCUUAUUAUCGCAAUUCUGUGGGUGGUUUACUAGUGUUUGACAUCACAAGUCGUCGAUCUUUUGAACAUGUGAAAGACUGGCUAGAAGAAGCAAAAAUGCACGUGCAGCCCUUCCAGAUUGUGUUCUUGUUGGUAGGACAUAAAUGUGACUUAGUGUCACAGCGUGAGGUUACAAGAGAAGAAGCUGAAAAACUGUCGGCUGACUGUGGUAUGAAAUACAUAGAAACUUCAGCAAAAGAUGCCACGAAUGUUGAAGAGUCCUUUACAAUUCUUACACGAGACAUCUAUGAACUUGUAAAAAAAGGAGAAAUCUCCAUACAAGAUGGAUGGGAAGGUGUCAAGAGUGGUUUUGUUCCAAAUGUGGUACAUUCAUCAGAAGAAGCUGUAAAGCCCAGAAGACAGUGCACCUGCUGAAUUUGUAGCAUGCCAAAGAGCAUAUCAUGUGUUCAGAAGAUGAUGCCAACCUAAAUAACAGAAUAAUAAUUCUGAAACAAUAUUAGAUCAUGACACAGCUGAAUCAUAGAGAGGUAAUUUGGUUUUGUGUCCUUUUGUCUAGGUCAUAACUUCAUAACCCUCUAAGUGCAUUUUUCUUUUCAGAGUACAAUAACUUUGUGUGGUCUACAGGGAAAGAAAUUACAUCUUGCUAAAGGAAAAACUAAUCCUAUAGCAUGACAUUGAGAAAGUGCAAUAAUCAUUGUGACAACAACCUCUCUCAAGCUUUGUAUUUUGAAUAGAUUAAAAUCAAGGCUUGCUAGGUGAGGAUCAGAUGAGCUCAUUGCUUUUGUUCAUCCUGCCUUAGUUUUGGACAAGAAGAUAUUAUAACUUAUACUUUUAAAACGUGAUUGUUUACUCAAGUGCAGGGUUGCUAAUGACCAGAAAAGUUUAGAAUGUUGUAGAAUUUCAUAAUACAGAUAACUCUAAAGAAAGCAA